GCUCCUCUCAGUGGUAGUCCGUUCAUGCACGCCGUGUAUGGUGAUACCUGCAACACACCGCUCGUCAGCUUGACAAGUGGGAGUAUCAUGAUUGGAAGGAAGGGAUCCGAAUCGGUGUGGGCAGAUGCCAACCAUAAUGGUUUCGCCGAAGGUCUCGUUUGAAUAUGGCAAAGGGGUUGUCAAGCCAGGGUGCAAAACAGUGGAAGCAUUCGGAACGUCAGAAUACUUCGAGCAUGGUGCCUCUGCUCCUGUGAUGUACUGGCAAUCUCGAGCGAAUACAUGGAACCGCAGCCACCGCUGAUAUCUUGAACCUGUGUAACGUACUUGGUCAGAACUGGAUCUCAUUAUACUAACCCGCUGCGUAAAAAUGACCGGAAAAUCUCUCAUAAACGG